GUCCAAAAUGCUUCAUGAAUAUUCAUGUUAACAUUGUAGCUCAAUGUUCGCACCGUCCAUUUGAUACAAGGGUACAUCAACUUAAAAUAGAAACCCUUUCAAAUAUGGGGGUGUAUACUCGGCGUUGAUAUAACAGUGCAUUUGAGAGACACAAAGUUUAUGGGAUAUAUCUCGCUUUCUCAAUCGUAUAUGUGUGGGAUAUUCAUUUCUAAGAUCAGAUGUGAUUCUAACAACGUAAUAAUGUGCAUCUUGCUCAUUAUUUUUUUUAAAGAAAAAUAUAUAUCCGUUAUGGUGUGAAAAGCACCCUCUUUUUUAAGGUAGUUUAUUCCAAUGCGAUAUCGCGAUCUUCGCACAUGCGCAGUAAUAUAUACAUAUAUUUGCCGAUAAAAUUGUCUCCCUUGCACCGUAAUAUAUAGCAAAAGGUGUCUCCUAACUACACCGCUACACAGCAGAUCAAGAUGUUACUAGGCCCUAGGACCUCCACGAAUGUAGCCCAGGCGUUGCCGCCCAAGCUUCCCGCGCCGGUACGGUACGGUAUGCAGGCUGUAGGAGCAUGCAAGUCGGGACGGUUGUCUGAACUUCAGCAACUACUUGCCCAAGAAGACGAGCGAUGUGAGGAGUCGCGGUUGCAGGGCUAGGGCUUUUUUUUUCAAGCAUCAAGAUCAAGGAAAGAGUCACUGACAUGCUGACCAGAAGAAGACAUUGUGGUGUUGGAAAACCCAACCCCCUUGAGGUAGCAGCACAAUACACAGAGAAAGAAAAGGACCCUCCUCACUUCAUUGUCAAGCUGUUUGAGAACAAAGGAAGAGGGAUAGUGGCACAAAGAGACAUCUCAAAAGGGGAGUUUUUGUUGGAGUACCCAGGCCAACUUAUAUCUGCCCAAGAAGGCAACCAACGUGAGGAGGAGGAAUCAUCUGGUUUUCGUGUUUUUUUUAAGCAUCAAGGACAAAGCUACUGUCUUGAUGCAACUGAUGAGUGUGCUUUUGGGGAUAGACUCGGCCGCCUCGUGAAUCAUGGACAAGGGAGGGAGGAGAACGCCAGAAUGAAGAUACUAGAUAUGAAGUCACAUCCACACAUGUGGAUAAUUGCUACAAAGAACAUAUCUAAAGGGACCGAAGUUCUGUACAAUUAUGGAGUUCGAGAACUGCCGUGGAAGAAAAAGCAUUUCAGAGGACAAGUUCAAAGGGAAGAAGAAGAGGAGAGACACAAGUCCACCAACAGGAAAGAGGGACUCUAGGACAACAACAAGAAGGAGAGAUGCAGGUUCACCAGCAAGAAGGACAGACACAAGGACACGAACAAGAAAGAGGGACUCUAGGGCACCAACAAGGAGGAGAGAUGA